GUCAUUUUAAAUGUUGACAACGUCGACAAGCGGAUUCCUCUUGUUUGGAUUGAACCGCCUUGGAAGCGUGCGUGACUCGUUUCGCAACUAGUUUUCUCACGGUUCAUUUUCUCGCGGGUCUUCCACCUCCUGACGCUAUCUAGCGAUCGUCAAAGGAGACAUGGACAAAGUGCCAAAUUCGGUUUUCAAGGUUCAUCACUUUGUAAUUUAGCCAACUGAAAUCAAUGACCAGACACGCCGGAAGUUUGCUGCUGCAAUACUAAGCAGAAUGGUGACGUAAUUCUUGUUUAAUUGCGAAUCAUCUGACCAGUUUGACAACUCUGACACCGCUGUAAAAAGGUAACCUAUCCUCCUGCCAAGGUAAGGAGAACAGAGGAUGGACAACAAAAGUCGAAAGUUGAAAGGAUUUUGGCAAUACAAAACGACAAAGUGUUUUUUAAGUUUGAAAGAAAGAGAUGCCACGUGAACAACAGUGCCUGUCUCAAUGUCACGAAGUGUCGGUUAUACUGGUAACAUUUUUUUUUAAACAAUAAUUUUAAAGCGCUUCUUAAGUUUGUUAUGCACUCACAGUCUUAGACACUGAUACGUGUUCAGUAUAAAAUUCAAGUUCAUGAAAUGGAAAUGAAAAGGAAUCGCUUUCUUUAGACUGUCGCAAUUUGUGGAGAGUUCCGGUUCUGUUGAAACACUUUUCAAAGAAGCCAAAGGACGUCAUUGAAAAUCUGGAAGUCAAUUAUUCACGGGAAAUGGAACUGGUUUUCAUGUUGCACUAGUAUCGAUCGCGUGUCUUAUUCACGAUUUCGAAACGAAAGUUCCGACUAGUUUGAUAUCAUUUAAUUCAUUCCAAGAAAUUCUUCCACGUCCAAUUGAAUCCAAAAGUUGUUCCACUCAUCAAUAUAAAAAGCGCAGCCAAAUUCCUUUGAUGCGGUCCUUUCGUAAGCUCUGAAACCGAAAUUUGCCCUCCAUUGUUGACGAAUCAAAGAGUUCCGCAUUCAUCAAUUACUGGUUCGUUAAUUCUUAUAGAAAUUCAACAUAUCUAAGCAACGGAUUGCGUCACGAACUAUAAGUAAGUAGACUCCUUUAGAAAUCUAUUUUACGUUUCAUCCGAUGUUUUUAAAAAAUAAUACGAUUUUUCUUUCCGUCAACACCAUCUAGCGUCUGAUGCAGCAAGGUCUUUUAAGAUGCGUCCUAAAGCGCCAAAAUUUGACUGGCUUUUAAAUGGGUCCGCACUUGCGCCCCACCCGGACGGUUUAUGAGAAAAAGAAUAAAUAACGACCUUAACAACUGUCCCAGUGGAUUGUUUUUCUUAUCAGCUAGUGAAAGUAUAAGGUUCAAUAUAUACUCUCUCCCAUCUCAAAACAUUGGAAACGCUAUGGAUACGUGAGGCAGCAUAACAAUUCCGAUGGGACCCCGCCCUUUUUUCGGGCCUAGUUCAAUACACAGUGGUCGUCGAUGGAUGGACCUGUUCCGGCUUUUUCCAAGGUCUACAUGCCUUAUCAGAGGGUGUAAUCUGUCUUUUGACCUCCGACGACCUUGCAUUAGCCCAGUUCUAUUAGUUCAUCUCUCUUUCCUCGAGAGUUUUUUUGGGCAACAGAAUUAUUACUAUAUGCGCCCUUCUGUCCAUCUUGACGUUAGUACGUGGUGUGGUAUAUAGGCGAAGUGACUUGGCAGUUUCUUUCCAUCAUUUCAUUUGGCUCCGGAGCCGUGAUCGCGUCAGUUCUAAAAUUCAAUUUGCAUUAUGGAUAUCUUUGGAAGUGCCUUGAUUAGCCCAUCCGUUUCGUGGGCAAUCAAUCGUAACAUUGCCAGUUCCAAUGACCGGAAAAGAGCUCACGAAUCCGACGAUGAAGAAACAACUGAACCGGAUCAGCUGGAAAAAUCGGACAAGUAUUCAAAUUAUAAAACCGGUGUCAAGACACCAUUAGUCAGCAAAUCGUCGUUAGGAGGUAAAUUCAAAGAAUUGUUUCGACGAGUUAACGGAUCUAAUGAAGAAGCUCAAUCUCUACUCGCUAGUAGUCGAUCGACAAACAAGCCAAUCAUUCCACGCGAUAAAAUCAAGAUUGCCGGCAAGCGAUUACGGAAAGCGCUUCAUCAAUCAAUCAAAUACAUGGCAAUUGGCAUGGAGAAUAUGGGCACAAUGAUUUACAUCUCAACCAACGUACCCAGUUCGAUUUAUUAUAGUCGAAACAACGACAACUACUACCCAAACAUGCCUUACUGCUAGUCGUCAGCGUUCAUUCAUCAGUCAACAACUUUUUGAUGCGUUUGUGGUGUAAACAAUUAUUUGUUUUGAUGGGAUAUUACGGAAUUCUCAGGAAAUCAGUCUUGGACGCUAACGCCACCUAUCCUCAAGCAGACGUACUCGAUUAACAUUUGUCGACGGAAUUCCUUAUUUUUGUCAUAUUUUUAACUAAAAAUACCAAACAAUCUGAUAAAAACUCGUCACAUCAGUCACGUAGAAUAAUACACGACGUUUCCUUUGUUUUAUACGAAAUUCCAGCUGUU